UCUACACACACAAAGAUACAUCAAAAGAGCUACCAAACCUCAACAAAUCUCAUUCCAGACAAAACUUCUCCAAGAAUGGAAACCAGCAAGGUCAUAUCUACUGACAAAGCUACAGUUAUCAUACAAGUAAAUCCACACGAGGUGAAAGACAGUGUUAUUUUUGUUGAUGGACAGGAGGCCAGAAGAACAAAACACAAUAGUCUUACAGAAUUUUUCAAAGCACAACCAAAGGAACUAGGGAUUUUCCAGAUUAUAAUUGGAGCUAUGGUCUUCUUUACUGGUAUUGCACUCACCAUCACCAUCGGUUAUCCCAUUACUGUUAUCAGUAGUGGCAUCACCUACUGGGGAUCCUUCAUUUACAUCAGUGCUGGAUCUCUGUCUGUUGCUGCACAGAGAAAACUUAAUUCUUGUUUGGUGCAAGCCUCUCUUGGGUUGAAUGUGGUCAGUGCUGUAACUGCAGGGAUAUCAAUUCUUCUGAUGGGCAUACAAUUAGAAGAAACAUCAUUGGAUUAUCCAGCAGAGGUGGUUAGUAACAAGAGUUUUGUUUUGUGGAUUGUUGGAGUAAUGCUGGUGUUCACCAUUCCUCAGUUCAUCAUCUCCAUCUUUAUCUCAGCAUUUGCCUGCAAAGCCACCAGCAACAUCCAUUCUACAGUGGUCAAUGUGGCACUUAAAUGAUUUAAUGGUGGUGAUGCUAUUACAAGCCACAACCAAAGUUAAAGCUAGUAGAUUGUAAAAGAAAUAUAAAUAACCUACAGUAUAACCUGAUCACAGCAUACAGCUUUAUUGUAAACUACAGAAUUUUUCAUACUUUUGGACUACUUAAUUAGGUUGAGGUGGGUUUCUCUCAGCCUAUAAAAAUAUGGUGUUUCAGGUGUGUGGCUCUUGCUAGCAGAAUUAAAACUGAUAAUGAUUCUGACUGAGUCUCAUUUGUAACUAACAUGUCUGUUAUAUUAUUUUAUGUUUGACAUGCAUCAAAGAUUGUACUGUAUCUGUUAACCAGGAUGGUAUAUAUAUCUUGCAUUUGUAGUUUAGCCUUUUGUGAUUCAGUGAAAUCGAAAGCAGUCAUUUCAACUAACAAAGCUACAGUUGUCAUCCAAGUAAAUCCACAGAUUUGUCAUGAUGGACAGCAGGCCAGAGGAACAAAACACAAUACGGCUCUUAUAGAAUUUUUCAAAGAACAAAACAAAGGCACUGCGGAUGAAUCAUUUAAUGAUGAAUUAAAAUUGUGUGUGAUUUUGGUUCUUUUUUUCUUCAUUUUCUUCUGUGAUAAAAUAAAAAACUCA